CCCUCCGCACAGCCCCUUUUCAUUGUCUGGGUUUGGCGCCUGCGCAGUAGCAGAUCGUUGAGACGGCCGGAGAAGAUAGGGCCGGGCUCCUCGCCCUAUCCAGGCGCCUGCGCAUUAGGCGACCGCUCUCUGCCGUUACCGCUAUGUGUGGGGCGUGUGUGGAAUAACGUUAUUGCCCAGCGGAGCUCAGGGCCGGGAGCUCGACCGCAGCGGCGACUACGACGACAGCGGCGACGACGACGGGGUGGGGACAGGACGGCGUGCGAGAGACUCACGGGACGCGACGCGCCCCGCCUCCCCCGUCCGGUCCCUCUCAGCGGUCAGGGGAUGACGUAGCUUUGCCGAAGACUUAGAAGCUAAGCAGAAAAUGAGCUUGACAUCCUGGUUUUUGGUGAGCAGUGGAGGCACUCGCCACAGGCUGCCCCGAGAAAUGAUUUUUGUUGGAAGAGAUGACUGUGAGCUCAUGUUGCAGUCUCGUAGUGUGGAUAAGCAACAUGCUGUAAUCAAUUAUGAUGCUUCCACAGAUGAACAUUUGGUGAAAGAUUUGGGCAGCCUAAAUGGGGUGUUGGAAGCUUAUGUUCUAGGAUUAUUCAUGCAUCAUAGCAAGACUUUUGUGAAUGAUGUAAGGAUUCCAGAGCAGACUUACAUCACCUUGAAACUUGAAGAUAAGCUGAGAUUUGGAUAUGAUACAAAUCUUUUCACUGUAGUUCGAGGAGAAAUGAGGGUCCCUGAAGAAGCACUAAAGCAUGAGAAGUUUACCAUUCAGCUUCAGUUGUCCCAAAAAUCUUCAGAAUCAGAAUUAUCAAAAUCUGCAUGUGCCAAAAGCGUGGACUCAAAGGGAGCGGAUACUUCAGUAGAGGUGCAGCAGAAAGCCACGGAAGCACUGAAGUCUGAGGAAAAAGCCGUGGAUAUUUCUGCUAUGCCUCGGGGUACUCCAUUAUACGGACAGCCAUCAUGGUGGGGGGACGAUGAAGUGGAUGAGCAAAAGGCUUUCAAGUCCAAUGGCAAACCUGAAGAAAAAAGUCAUGAAACUGGAGCAGCAGGGUGCAGCAUAGAUGCCAAGCAAGUUGAGGAACAAUCUGCAGCUGCAAGUGAAGAAGUACUUUUUCCUUUCUGUAGGGAACCAAGUUACUUUGAAAUCCCUACCAAAGAAUUUCAGCAGCCAUCACAAAUACCAGAGAGCACUAUUCAUGAAAUCCCGACAAAAGACACACCAAGUUCCCAUACAGCAGGUGCAGGGCAUGCUUCAUUUACCAUUGAAUUUGAUGACAGUACCCCAGGGAAGGUAACUAUUAGAGACCAUGUGACAAAAUUUGCUUCUGAUCAGCGCCACAAGUCAAAGAAGUCUUCUCCUGGAACUCAAGACCUGCCAGGGAUUCAAACUGGAAUGAUGGCACCAGAAAAUAAGGUGGCUGACUGGCUAGCACAAAACAACCCUCCUCAGAUGGUAUGGGAAAGAGCCGAAGAGGAUUCCAAAAGUAUCAAGAGUGAUGUUCCUGUGUACUUGAAAAGGUUGAAAGGAAACAAACAUGACGACGGCACACAGAGCGAUUCGGAAAACGCUGGGGCUCACAGGCGCUGCAGCAAGCGCGUGGCUCUGGAGGAGCACCUGCGGCGCCACCACUCGGAGCAGAAGAAGCUGCAGAAGGUCCAGGCCUUGGAGAGGCAUCAAGACCCAGCUACUAGCUCUACGCAUCACAGAGGGGGGCAUGGUGUUCCCCAUGGGAAAUUGUUAAAACAGAAAUCAGAGGAGCCGUCGGUGUCCAUUCCCUUCCUACAAACUGCAUUAUUGAGAAGUUCAGGGAGUCUUGGGCACAGACCAAGCCAGGAGAUGGAUAAAAUGUUAAAAAAUCAACCUACUUCUGCCACUUCUGAAAAGGAUAAUGAUGAUGACCAAAGUGACAAGGGUACUUAUACCAUUGAGUUAGAGAAUCCCAACAGUGAGGAAGUGGAAGCAAGAAAAAUGAUUGACAAGGUAUUUGGAGUAGAUGACAAUCAGGAUUAUAAUAGGCCUAUUAUCAAUGAAAAACAUAAAGAUCUGAUCAAAGAUUGGGCUCUCGGUUCUGCGGCGGCGGUAGCGGAAGAACGAAAGCCACUGGGCCCUCCUGGAUUUCACAACUCAGAGGAAGGUGCAUCUUCAUCUGGAAACAAACGCUGGGUUUCACAGUGGGCUAGUUUGGCUGCAAACCACACAAGGCAUGAUCAAGAAGAAAGGAUAAUGGAAUUGUCUGCACCUGUUCCUUUAGAGAAUGAUGCAGACAUCAGUGAGUCUGGCAUUUCAGUGAGAAGUCCUGGCUCAGCGACAUCCUCAGCCAGUCAGGGAGAGAGGAGGAGGCGCACCCUUCCUCAGCUUCCAAAUGAAGAAAAGUCCAAGGUUAUAACGCAGAGGUCAGAGAUAGGAGAAAAACAAGACACGGAACUUCAGGAGAAAGAAGCACCCACACAGGUAUACCAGAAAGAUAAACAAGAUGCUGACAGAGCGCUGAGCAAGAUAAACAGGGCAGUGAACGGGGACGCUGUUAAAACUGGCGGAGAUAAUAAAACUUUGCUUCACUUGGCCAGCUCUUCUGGAAAGGACAGAAGUGAAACGGAUAAGGAAGCUUCUUUGGUGAAGCAAACAUUAGCUAAAAUUCAGCAACAAGAACAGAAAGAACAGGCUCAGUGGAUGCCUACCAAGUUGUCUUCAAAAAAUAUUUCAGGUCAGAAAGAUAGGUGUCAGGAAGAAUCCUUUAAACAAGAGUCACAAUCUCAAGAAAAAAUUCCAGGACAUUCUACAGGCAAAGGGGAAAGGAUGAUGCAAAAUGAGGGCAAGCGAAGAAAAGCUGAGGAGGGUCUGAAAGGUCAAACUUCAAAGGGCGGAGACAAGAAGGAAUCCGCCAAGUCAUUAGUGCGACAAGGAAGCUUCACUAUAGAAAAACCUAGCCCAAACAUACCCAUAGAACUUAUCCCUCAUAUAAAUAAGCAGACUUCAUCUACACCCCCUUCUUUAGCAUUGACGACUGCCAGCAGAAUACGAGAAAGAAGUGACUCUGUGGAUACUGACUCUAGUAUGGACACAACCCUUAUUCUGAAAGACACAGAAGCAGUAAUGGCUUUUCUAGAAGCCAAGCUGCGUGAAGAUAAUAAAACCGAUGAAGGCCCAGAUACCCCCAGUUAUAAUAGAGACAACUCCAUUUCACCGGAAUCUGAUGUGGACACAGCUAGUACAAUCAGUCUGGUUACCGGAGAGACCGAAAGGAAGUCAACCCAAAAGCGAAAGAGUUUCACGAGUCUCUAUAAAGAUAGAUGUUCUACGGGUUCUCCUUCCAAAGAUGCUGCAAAAUUGUCCUCAUCAGGUGCCAGGGAGAAAACGGAGAAGAAAACAAAAAGUCGUUCCGCAGAUGUAGGUUCAAGAGCAGAUGGUCGUAAAUUUGUACAGUCCAGUGGAAGAAUAAGACAGCCUUCCGUAGACCUAACGGAUGACGACCAGACCUCCAGUGUACCUCAUUCUGCGAUCUCUGAUAUUAUGUCCUCUGAUCAGGAAACUUACUCUUGUAAACCUCAUGGAAGGACUCCACAUACCUCAGCGGGUGAGCAUGCACAUUCCAAACUGGAAGGAGGCAAAGUGCCCAAGUCUAAGACCUCUCCCGUCACACCUGGAUCAUGCAGCAAGUCCACCACUCUCCCUCGGCCUCGACCCACCAGGACCUCCCUCCUGCGCAGAGCACGCCUCGGCGAGGUGUCCGACAGUGAGCUGGCUGAUGCCGACAAGGCGUCCGUCGCCUCUGAGGUGUCCACCACCAGCUCCACGUCCAAGCCCCCCACAGGAAGACGUAACAUCUCCAGGAUCGACUUACUGGCUCAGCCCCGUCGAACGAGGCUCGGCUCUCUGUCAGCUCGCAGUGACUCUGAAGCGACCAUCUCGAGAGGCAGUGCCUCCUCACGGACUGCAGAGGCCGUCAUCAGAAGCGGGGCCAGACUAGUACCUUCUGAUAAAGUCUCUCCUAGAAUUAGAGCUAACAGUAUCUCUCGACUGUCAGACUCCAAGGCCAAAAGUAUGACCUCAGCACAUGGCUCUCCUUCAGUAAAUUCAAGAUGGAGGCGCUUUCCUACUGAUUAUGCUUCCACCUCAGAAGAUGAAUUUGGAUCAAACCGUAAUUCCCCUAAACAUACUCGUCUACGUACUUCUCCAGCCCUGAAAGCCACUCGGAUGCAGAGCUCUGGGUCAGCAGUGCCCACUAGUUCUUCAUUCAAGCACCGGAUAAAAGAACAGGAAGACUACAUCCGAGAUUGGACCGCCCAUCGAGAAGAGAUAGCCAGGAUUAGCCAGGACCUCGCCCUCAUCGCGAGGGAGAUCAGCGAUGUUGCCGGAGAGAUAGACUCGGUCACGUCCUCGGGCACUGCCCCCAGCACCACAGUAAGCACUGCGGCCACCACCCCGGGCUCUGCCAUAGACACUAGAGAAGAGGUAGGAGAUCUUCAUGGACAGAUGCAGAAGUUGGUUGAUCGUGUUUUUGAUGAAAGCCUCAACUUCCGAAAGAUCCCUCCAUUAGUUCAUUCUAAAACACCAGAAGGAAACAACGGUCGGUCUAAUGAUCAAAGACCUCAACCAGCAGAGCCUCCCGAUCACUUAACAAUUACAAGGCGGAGAACCUGGAGCAGAGAUGAAGUCAUGGGAGACAAUCUGCUGCUGUCGUCCGUCUUUCAGUUUUCUAGGAAGAUAAGACAGUCUAUAGACAAAACCGCUGGGAAGAUCAGAAUAUUAUUUAAAGACAAAGAUCGGAAUUGGGAUGAAAUAGAAAGCAAGUUAAGAGCUGAGAGUGAAGUCCCAAUUGUGAAAACCUCAAGCAUGGAAAUUUCUUCUAUCUUACAAGAGCUGAAAAGAGUUGAAAAGCAGCUACAAGCAAUCAACGCUAUGAUCGACCCGGAUGGAACUCUGGAGGCUUUGAACAACAUGGGAUUCCCCAGUGCUAUCUUGCCUUCCCCACCGAGGCAGAAGUCCAGUCCUGUGAAUGACCACGGCAGCCCGGGGCAGACACCAACCCUCUGCCAGCCGGAAGCGAGGCCAUGCUGUGACCUACAAGCAAAUUAAAUACCCAACAUUUCUGACCCCCAUGUCUUCUGUGCCAAGCUGCUCCCUGAAACGGACUUCCUCUUCAUCUGUACAGAUUUGUUAAACACUUAUAUUUGCUUCUUAAUAAUAGGAUUUAUAAUAGUAUUCGUUACCAUUGGAUACAAUGACCUGUUACUCUCCACAGUCAAACUGACCUUUCAGAAUAGUCCUUCUUGUGUUCUGAAAUUUUCCAGCAUCUCUGUGAUUUAUAUAACCUUGUUGCUACGUAAAUUGUCUUGGGGUUUACAGAGAUGAGCUAUUAUGUUUGCACUAAGAUUUGCCGGGAGUGCUGGGCGGACAUAGCUGUAUGUCAGUAAGGACUAACUGUCUCUUUUGUACAUAGGAGAUUGAUAAUACUGUAUUUGUUUUAACUCCUCAGUGUUUUACUCCACUUUCAAAAAGCUCAAUUUGGCACUUUUUUCCCAUUUUUUUUUAACGAAAGUAAGAUUUUUGUCUCAUUUUAGGGCAAAUGAUAACUAGAAAGAUUAAACUGGACUGUUCAGGUGGAGUAUAUUUUUUAAUCUGAGAACACGUAUAUUGGUUCUGUGUUACCAAGUUUAUAUGUGACAGAAAAAAAUUCCCUCCAAAUGAUCAUGAAGUUAAAAUUUUCUUCAUUAGGAGACUUGGAGAACCAGUAGUCAUAAGAUUAGCUGAUAGUUUCACUCCCAAGCAAUGAAUUGCUUCUGUGUGUUUCCCUGUAGGACCCACUAGUAAAUCCUGUCCGUCUUACACAUUUAUAAGGACCCUUCAGGACGGCUACAAUGAGGGCUCGGGCCCGUGCCACUGAGCAGGAAGCCCGUGACAGACGCCCUCUGUAACCUUGUCUUUUCUCUUUCCAGUAAGUUUACAUUUGGUUAAGUUUUAAAAGAAAGUGAUUAUCUUUGUGUUUCCAGAACACUAUAAUUUGGGUGAAUCUUAUGAAUUCAUUUAAAUAUUACUAGUAGACUUGAAUUUUCCCCGUUGACCCCAUCAGUCCAUAAAGGUUAAAACUGCAACUUUUGCACCUUGUAUGAAAUGGUCUCUAAUAUUUCAGCAAUAAUCCUGUACUACAUUUGUUUCAAGAAACAAACUAAGUCUGUGCAUUUCAAAAUUUUACAAGAUUUAAAAACUCCUGUACUGUUGGGCCAGUUAAUAAAGAUAAAAAAAACAAACAAAAAACCUUUUGUAGAGAUGUAAAAACAGAAAUCUGUUAUAUAAUGAAUCUCAUAUUUUUCUUUAAAUUAAAAAAAAAAACAGUAAAUGAACUAUUCUCCUUGUAAAGCUAACUUCUCCGUUCUGUCUAAUAAAGGAAGACUGAAGAGAAGGUUUUAAAAAACAUGAAUGGAACGAAGCAGAUGCUUUGAAGGAGUAAGUGACACAUUAAAACAGGGUCACUAUCCAUUUGAAGAAAAAGUCGAACACAAUAAUCAUACCAUUGUUCCCUCUUUUAUUUAAUGUUCAAGUACUGAUUAUCCCCCGUGGAAGUGGAAGGUCAGGAGUUGCCAAGGAAAAUAUUAGCAUCCACUCUACUUAUGUUAUCCUUUAGGUGUUUACACGGUUUUGUUCACUUACAAACAUUUGGCCUUUUACUAUGUUAUUUUUAUUUUGUAUGAAUACAUUAUCCUCCUUAUUUAUUUUUGUUACAUUUAUU